CUAGUCGGAUUCGUUAACCACUGCGCCACGACGGGAACUCCUAAAUAGAUAUUUUCUGUUUCUGGUAUGUUGAAAUAAGUUCCUGGGUUAGAUUUGGAAAAAUGGCUUAUUUCUUACAUGUACUUAUAGUAUACAUUUACAAUGAAAAAAUAAAUUUCAGUUAUAUCAGUUUUUUUUAAUUUUCCAUGUUCAUAUUCACUAGUAUUGUUAAAUGUUUUUUAGUGUUACCCAAGCCAGAUCUAAAAGUGAAAAGUUUCCUGAAGUAACUGUAGUUUCCAGUAUUACUUUGGAGCUUUCAUCAAGCCAAAUGGCAAACAUUUACUGAAACAGCUUUUAGGGUAGUGUGUAUGUGCUUUUCAUUGCUGAUUUCAUUUAAUCCUUAGAACCCCUUGAGGCAGAUCUGUUGUUAUCCCCAUUUUACAAAUGAGGAAAAUGAGGCUUAGCAAAAUUUUAGAAUUACUUUACCCAAGGUCACAUUAGUUAGGAAGUAGUAGGAUCUAUUUUGAGCCUGCACUCUAAACCACCAUGUUAUAUUGAUCUAGCUUUGGUUGAAUGAAUGAAAAUCAUUUGAGUUGGAAAAGACAUAUAUAUUUGGACUUACUAGUUGGAAAUUCAGCUUGCUUUCUAUGAAUGUUUUAUUAACUGUGGUUUUUGUGCAUUAUAUUUAUCCAAUAAAAGUACAAAGCUUUAAUACCACCAGAGCACAUCCACUCUAGAGCAUUUAUGUUUCUUAACCUUUUUCAUUUAGCAGUUUUACUGUACUUGUGUAAAAAGAUCGUAAUAUAUUCCUUGUAGGGAGAAUUCCUAAAACAAAAAUUGCGGAGAUCAAAUGGUCAUGUGUUUGUUAGAAGAUGAGUGGCCCUUUGAAAGGUGUGUAGAGAUUAAGGAGUAAAGAAAUUAGGAAAGAAAAAGGUUUUAUGGUUUAUGUAGCUGGCUUUUGUGUAAAUUAAUUCGUAGAUCUGGGCAAGUGCUGAUUUAGGUAGUGUCUACCUAAUAGUGGCUGUUACUGAUCUUAAAAGCAGGGUCAGAAUCAUCUCAAAAGUAACAUUGGGGAUUUCUGGUCAUGGCUCAGUGGAAAAGAAUCUGACUAGUAUCUGUGAGGAUGUAGGUUGGAUCCCUGGCCUGGAUCAGUGGGUUAAGGAUCUGGAAUUGCUGUGAGUUGUGGUGUAGGUCACAGAUACGGCUCAGAUUUGGCAUUGCUGUGGUGUAGACCAGAGGCUAUAGCUCCAAUUCGACCCCUAGCCUGGGAACCUCUGUGCUGCAGGUGUGACCCUAAAAAGACAAAAAGAAAAAAGGAAAAAAAAGUAACAUUGGUUCCUUUCUUUCUGUAAAAUUUAGAAGAAAAAGUAAGUUGAAGCUUCCUGUGCCAGUUAUAUAAAGUUAAGUCUGGCCCUUCCACCAUGUAAAAUUCUCAGAAAGUACACUUAUAUUCUUUUUAAACAGAGAAUGCUGCAAUUCAGAGGUAAAGGUUAAUGAAAUGAGUGGCUAUAAAUGUGUUAUUUUAUAAAAUAUUAAGCAGUGAUUCUUACCACCCAUGCCUUUUUCCUUUCUCAUUGGGAGUUAGUGUGGUGACCAGCCAGUUUUAUUUGUGGGAGCCAGUAGUUUACUUCAUGCCUGCUGUCUGGAGGAUUAAUACAUUUAUUUAUGGAACACCUAAGCUAAAUAUGGUUCAUGUUAAUCAAGUCACCUCUUUUUAAGUAGUUGUUGAGUAGGUGGUAGCCUUAGUAUAAAUCCUUUAAUUUGCUCAUGAUCCAUAAUCAGUUCUUGUGCAGAAAAAGGAAAUGUUGAAAGGAUUCUGUCUGGAUUCAGUGGAUGAGCGUUUUCAGGAAAUUCAGUUUGCAAUUAAGUCAAGAGGCCCUUCUUGACAUUUCAGUAUGGGUUCAGGAGAGAGAUGGAGAGAGCUGAAUUUCACCUUUAUUCUUGGGUUCAGUCUCAUACAUAAUCUAGAGUCUUGAGUCACUAUUAUGGUAUGAUGUGCUGCAUUGUAUGGACGGUGCUUUGAUGCCUGAAUUCCUUCUUAAACUUUGCAUACCCCUCGCUAAGCUUGUGUUUGAAAUGGGCAACAUUUCUGAGAGAAGUAAUAUUAAGCUGCUGUUUUAAUAACACCUUACUUAAUAUAUUUAAUGGGGGUAUGGUAAAAAGCUAUUUGAAAAGAGAUUUUGAAGUGUAUGGGAUUGGAGAGGAUGGCAGAGGGAAGGAAAAGGGCAGAGUACUGGAUACUGCUGAAAAGUUUUACGUUGACAUGGGGCACCUUAUAUAACAUGUGCAGUGAGGGAAGAAAACUUUCCAGAAAUCAAAGAUAAAGAGGGUACUGUAGGCACAAUUCUGCAAACAUUUCACAGAUUGUCAUUUGGCAUGGCAUUUAAGUAUUUUGUACAGGAGAGUUUUUCUAAUCACCAAUGGUGCCAUGGUGUAUGGUUCAUAGUCAUUUUAACAAAAAAGACUUAACAGCACCAAAAUCAUGGUGGAUGGUUUUUAACAGACUAAUCAUUGAGCAUCUGGUUGCUUCGUAGUACUACAAUAUUGGCAUUUCUUUGUAGUUUUUCCGUAAGUGUGCUUCUUUAUUUUAUUUUUAAUUUGCUGCUCUUUUCUACAAGUCAUCAUCUGAAUAUAUUUAUCAAGUUAAAUUAGCUAAGCUGCUGGAAAAAUGCUUUAUCAAAAAAUAACUGAUUGCAUCCCUCUUCUUUAAUAGCUUCCUCUGUAAUGACGAGCUCUCUUGUGAGGAACAGUAAAGAAAAAAAAAAAGUAUAUUUGUGCCUAACAGAUCUGUUUGAAGGGAAGAAACAAAAUUUUUAACUUAAGUGGCCUAUUUGAGAUUUGGAAGUUGGGAUAGUCUUAGUAUAUAGUCUUUUAUCUGGGCAGUUAAAUGUAACAAGCCAAAGCCCUUUGCCUAGUAUAUUAUAAACUUUGGGGAAGGGGUUAAAAGAUUAAUAAAUAUUAUUAUAUUGUUGCAACCUAAAAAUAAUUCCUCUUCUCCCAUGUUUCCAGUGUUUUAAAGAUCUUCAUAACUAAUUCCUCCAAAUUUAAUGAUAUGAGAAGUUUAAGAUCUAGGAUUAGUAGUUUAAUAUGUAAUGAGUUCAAAAGCUAUCACUAAGAGCUGAUAAGUAGUAACUUUUAAGAGCUUAAACAAAUUAUUAGGAUUAAAAGAAUUCUAGUACCAUAUCAAUGUAGUUAUAAGAUUCAGUGGAAUUUCUUUGGAUUCUAAAACUUUGUGAUGUGUAAAGUUGUGAAUAGCACCGUUAUUAAUAGCUUCUGUUAAUCAUAAAAACUCAUAUAUUUAUUUUCUGGUCAUAUUUGUUGCUCCAUCACUAAUCCUUUCAUAUUUUUGUAGAUUAAUUUAUAUUGAUCGAUAGUACACUUUUUCAGUUCUAUAAAUAUAUAUAAUUUAAAUGUAUGCAAUAUUAAAUUUAAGCAAUACAAUAAAUACUUUAUGAAGCUGUAUUACUGUAUACCUGAUAUUAUCAAGCCUUAUACAACUUGUAACAUCACUGAGAAUUGGCUCUCAAGUCAUAUACCAGACUCUAAUUACACAAUAAACAUUGUUUCUAAUAGAUUUAAGAAUAUGUUAAUUUUUAAUUUAUAAGCUAAUUUACUAUAAAAAAUCAGCAUUACCCUCUAUGCUAUAAGUAAAAUUUUUCCUGCAUCAUUGUAUCAUUGCUUUUUGCCAGGUGAUAUUCAUUAUUAUUAAUAGUCUUCAUUAACAGACAUAAAUAGCUAAGAAAUUUUAGUAAUAAUUGUCUUUUCCCAGAAAUAUUUAGUGCUGUGGACAGGUCAGUAUACCAUGUUUCCGAGUCUCUAAUUUUGAAGGUUUCAUUCACAACAAUGUGAUUAUAAAUGCAUUGGGGUCUAUGAUAAAUAUUGUUUUGCACAUUUGAUAAAAAUACGUUUUAAAUUAUCUUUAAAAGUCUUGCAUGAAUUUUUUUUAUUUUUCUAAUUUGAAAUUUGACGUAGAGUUGACAUUUUAAUCAAUAUUGUCCUAUUUUUAUUUCCAGAUGCAGCAGUUGAAUUUGAUCAUGUCUUUGUAUUUAUUUACAUCAUCAUUCUUUUUCUCUUAAUAAAAUGUUCUGUGUUAAAUGUCUUUAGUAAUAGUUCAAUUAGAAUGUCGCAGUUGCAGCAAAAAAAAAGAAAAGGGAGUUCCCGUCGUGGCGCAGUGGUUAACGAAUCCGACUAGGAACCAUGAGGUUGCGGGUUCGAUCCCUGCCCUUGCUCAGUGGGUUAACGAUCCGGCGUUGCCGUGGGCUGUGGUGUAGGUUGCAGACGUGGCUCGGAUCCCGCAUUGCUGUGGCUCUGGCGUAAGCCGGUGGCUACAGCUUGGAUUCGACCCCUAGCCUGGGAACCUCCAUAUGCCACAGGGGCAGCCCAAGAAAUAGCCAAAAAAAAAAAAAAAAAAAAAAGGAAAAAAGAAAAAAGAAUGUCGCAGUUGCCACAGUCAAAAAGUUUGUUAUGGAAACUUGGUUUGUAAGGCUUUACAGAUUCUUUGGCAGAUAAAUUCUCCCAUACUUCACAACUAACUGAAAAUUUGUUGCCUGUAAAACUGCUCGGAGUUCCCUUCGUGGCUUGGUGGUUAAUGAACCGGACUAGGAUCCAUGAGGAUUUGGGUUUGAUCCCUGGCCUCCCUCAGUGGGUUAAGGAUCUGGCAUUGCUAUGACCUGUGAUGUAGGUCACAGAUGUGGCUUGGAUUCCGAGUUGCUGUGGCUGUAGUAUAGGCCGACAGCUGCAGCUCUGAUUCGACCCCUAGCCUAGGAACUUCCAUAUGCUACAGAUGCAGCCCUAAAAAGCAAAAAAAAAAAAAAAAAAAAAAAAAUUAAACUGCUCAACAUUAAUGCUCCCGUUUCAGUGAUGUCGAAAUUUACCAUCAUAUGCGAGAAAAUAAAAUGAGAUGCUGUUGAAGAAAAGGUGAUUACCAGUUAGUUCUUCGUUGAUACUGUAACCUUUCUCCACUGUAUUUUUCAAGGGUUUAUCACAGUUGGCCAGGGUGAAUUUGUUGCUAAGGAUCCAUGGGAUUACCCUGGUAUUUUUAUAUCCUAUUUCCUUUUUAAAAAUUGUUUGAUUAGGAUUUGCUGCAUUGAUUUCAUGACUGCUAAUGGGUUGCAAACUGCAGUUUGGAAAACAUUGGUUUAGAAAGAUGAUAGUAGGUGAGUAGGAAAAUGGCAACAAGACAAAUUCAGAACGGUAGCAAGGCCUAGGUCCCAUAGGGCUUGGUAAGCCACAGUAAAGGUAUUUUGGCAUUUAAAGUGUGAUUAAAAAUCUUGAGGGAGGAGUUCCCCUCGUGGCUCAGUGGUUAGCGAAUCCGACUAGGAACCACGAGGUUGCGGGUUUGAUCCCUUGCUCAGUGGGUUAAAGGAUCCGGCGUUGCUGUGAGCUGUAGUGUAGGUUGCAGACGCGGCUCGGACCCUGCGUUGGGAGCAAAAAAAAAAAAAAAAAAUCUUGAUAUGAUUUGAAUUUUAAAAUGAUUACUCGGGCCUCUAGGUGGAGAGUAGAUUAAAGGGGUGGUGCUGGAGUAGAGGUGGGCAAACUAUGGCCCACAGGUCAAAUCACCUACCAGCUGUGUUUGUAAGGCCUGUGAGCUAGGAAUAGUUUUUAUAUUUCAAAGGUUGGAAAUAAAUCAAAACAUGAAUAAUAUCUCAUAAUGAGAAAAUUAUAUGAAAUUCAAACUUUAGUGUCCAUAAAUAAACUUUUAUUAGAACAUAUUGGAAUUCGUUGUAUAUAUAAAAUCUAUGGCCACUUGAGUGCUGCAGGAGCAGAGUUGAGUAUUUGCAACUGGGAUAAUAUGGCCCACAAGCCUAAAUAUUUAUUAUAUGGUCCUUUAUAGAAAAAAUUAGUUGACUCUUGUACUAGAGGCAGCAACAUCAGUAAAGAGGUUAAUGCAGAGUCCAGUAAAGAGAUAAUGGUAUCUUGAACUGGAGGUAGCACUAUAUGGAUACAAGUUGAUAAUUAUGGGAGAUGUUUUGGAGAGGAGGCUGAGAAGACUUGCUGUUGACUUUGUAUACUGAUGGAACUGAUUGAAGACGUUUCUUUUUCCUUCACUGAAAAGAGAUGGCCAUCUAGCCAAAAAAGUGAAUGGGUUAUGUUGCAUUUCUUUCUAUGUGCUAUAUUCUAAAAGACAAAAGAGUUAUAUAAUUUUUAAAAGCAACUUCAGUAUAAAAUGAAAAACAUACAUUUGGUGAUAUAAGAAGGCAUUUUGAAUUGUAAUCCAUGCUAUGUAACUAGCUUCUUGCUAUGCAUUUUAAAUUUACUAACCUCUUAUGUACACAUUCAUCCUAAGUAUUUAGAGUAGUUCUGGGCUUUCUGAAUGCUGUACAUUGUCUUAAGUGGCUUGCAAAUAUAAAUUUAGGUAGAAUGCUUAGAAACCACUCUAGGUUUCUUAUAGGUUUGUGACUAUAGUUUAUAAUUUUUCAUUUGCAUGAGUGUGUCAGCUGUGGCAGGGUGGAAUAGUUUAUUUUUAGGGAUGAAAAUUACUUAUUUUUGAUGUUGAAGUUUUUCCCUUGUAUAGCCCCUGACUGUAAUGGAAAUAGUCUUUGAAACCUUAAAGCUGUAGUAUCUGACAUUUGCAAUACAAUUAUUUUUUAAACUUUUAAAACACAUAGCAGUUGUUUUUGAACAUUUGCUAUACAUGAAAUUUAUUUAUACAGUUCUUUAUACUUUUCUGUCUCUAGCAAUAUGGCUGACUAGAUAAUCUGAAAACCCUUCUGCUUCAAAUCCACCUAGAAAUCCUAGCUGAAAUAUAACAGACAUCCAUUUAAAUGAACAGCUGAGUUUUCAAGAAAGUAAGGAAACAAGUUCAAACAAAAAGAAAAGACUGAAAAACAGAGGAGGGUGUGAGCUGACUUUGCACCAUGAGUAGGAGCAAGAGAUACUGGUCUGGGCAUUGUAGGGCUUUGUAUUCUAAUGCCUAUGUAGAAACAGGAUACAAAGCUUUGAGUUUGUACAAAGUGGGGAAUUAGAACAACACUCAAGCGUAAAACCAGGAUCCUUAAAGAAGUACACUUUUAGCAAAGGGUAAAUAAGGACAAGAACUUGUCCAUCAGCACAGGAAGUCUACAAAAAUUUUAAAUAGGACUUCCCGAAGAAUUUGUAACUAUGGUCCUGCCUCUUGUUGGCUUGGGGCUUAAAUUAAUACUAUCUACUUGAUCUCGGAAAACCUAAACUGAGAAAUUAAUAUAUAGAAGGAUUCAUAGGGUGGCAAAACUUCUGAGUUAUCUGGAAAAAGCAAACACAGAACAUCCUUGGUGGGAUUAACUUUCAAACCAGGCCACCUUGUUUCCCACAGUUAAACUGCAUGAAGUUGAGUUUGCAAUACCCAGUUAAAAAGCUCAGAGGGCAGCCAUCCAUUAUCACAAGUCAGUAGACACAACAAAUAGGAUUAAAUCCUUAAGACCUUUAGGUAAUUAUCAUAUAGGGACCAUACAAAUAAAUAUGUUUAAAAUAACUAAAGGCCUUAAAAAAAGAAGUGAAAACAUAAGAAAGUAAAACAUUUGGAAAGGAAUCAAAUAAAACUUAUAGAAGUAAAAAAUGUAGUCAUUAAAAUAAAAAAAUUAGUGCAUGGGUAAUCAGCAGAAAUAGUUGAAAGAGGAAUAUGUAACUGGAAGGGAAAUAUGAAGACGUUAUCCAGGAUGUAGGACAAAGAAAGGAAAAAUAAAACUUUAGAGGCACAGAAGUUGGCAUAGGAUGCUCUAACAAUGUCUAAAGAAGCUCCAAUAGGAGAAAAAAUAAUAUGGGGAUGAAGCAAUAUUUGGAGAGAUAAUGGCUAAAAGUACUGCAUAUUAAUGAAGGCUAGAGUCCUUAGAGUCAGAAGGCCUAAUGAGUCCCAAGCAGGAUAAAUAGAAAAAUAAUCCUCACUUAGGCAUAUCACGAAACAAAAGAAAACAUAGCAACAGUUUUUAUGGGUAGCAUUCUUCUACAACUAAGAUAUUGAAAUAAAUUCACCCAGAAUAAGGUUUUAAAGUUAUUUUCCAGUAAGAGUGAUAUAUUUUCAGUGGUCUGUGGGUUCACUAUCUAUUGGUUCACCUUGUGACUAAGACCUUCAUUUUGUUUAGUGUUUACUAAUUUGUUUCCAUGGAGCCCUAGUGUCUGAAUAUUAAUUAGUAGUGCUAUGAGGACAAUAUUUCUUUCUGUGACUAGUUUUCUUCUUCUUGAGGUAACUAAGGAAAUACACCAUAAAGAAACUACCAUUCAACUUUUUCCAGAAUGUGUGGGGACUUUAAAGUCAUUGGUUAAAAAUAGUAGCAAUAUUUAUUUGAAAUUUUAACAACAAAAAGAAUGUUACUUUUUUCUUCACUCAUUUAGGCCAGUUUUAGGAUUUUUUUCUUUCUGUACCAUGAAAUCAUUCCUUUCUUUUUCCUUCUGGUUUCCAUUCUGUUCUUUUCCUGUUUCUUACUCAUAGACUUCUAAGGAAGAAAUGUAUUUGCAAGUCACUUAAAAUGGUUUAUUCAUCUUAUGUUAAAGAGAUGAAAUAUAAUAUAAAACUUACUUUGCUUUCUCUAUGUUUUUUUUUUUAAAUGGCCACACCAGAGGCAUAUGUAAAUUCCUUGGCCAGCGACUGAAUCCAAGCCUCAGCUGAGAACUACUCUGCAGUUGUGCAACACUGGAUCCUUAACCCACUGUUCCAGGCUGGGAAUUGAACCAGCCCCUCCAUAGUGACCUUAGCCACUGCAGUCAGAUUCUUAACCCACUGUGCCACACUGGGAACUCAACUUUCUUUCUCUAUUUAAUUAGCAUUUCUCUUAUUACUUCACCAGCUGGUUAGCAGACAAGUAUAGUGGGCCGUCUGUGAAAAUGAUUACCUCCAUAAUUCUUCUCAUUUCCCUCUGUGGGUUAGCUGUUUUGAUGUGGGCAGAAGCUAAUCUGCAUAAUCCUGACAGGUCAAAUUUCAUUUUAAAAUAUUCUGAUUUUGGCCUCUACGCAUUAAUCCUAAUCCUGCUUUAGAGUUUUGUGAAUAUUCCAACAUCAUUUAAUCUAAACAUCUUCAUUAAUGAGGUGAGUGAGUGAGUGAGUGUGUGUGUGUGUUUGUGUGUUGGGAGAGUGGGGAGGAGGAGGAAUUUGGGGCAUCUUUACCUCUUAGGAUACAUACCCAGAAGCAUAUAUACAUUCACAUUACUUUUCCAAAAUAUAUUUUCCCCUGUAAAAUCGCUUCAUAACAUCCUCCUUAUCAGAUUUCAUUUUUUAACCGUUUAACCAUUAAAUGUGUGUCUGUAUUUAAGAUAUAAGACUUACAUCCUUUAAGCUUCUAUCUUGUUUUUCUAGUAUCCAGUAUGUGCUUUUGGACAUUCUUUAUUACUUGAAAUGUCUUCUAAAAGCUUCUGUCCUUGUAAUCAAUCAGUUAUGAAUCUGAAACAACUUUUAUUUUAAACUGUACAUUGAAAACUUUUCUAUAUUUUAUGUUUGCAACUGAUGUACAUAUUAUUUUGUCAGGGUGUAAGUUUUCAGCAAGGAAAUACAUUUGCUUUGCACAUUUCCGUAUAGAAAAAUGAGUUUAGGUUUUUUUAAUCUUUUAAGUCAACAGGCAAAAUUUUCUUUAUAGUCAUUUAAUGUGUCAUGGAUAUUAAAUUAUGUUUGUAUAUUGUUAUUUAGGUGACUAUUAUAUGGUUAAAAAGAUUUUGGAGGAAAACAGUUCAGGUGACUUGAACAUAAAUUGCGUAGAUGUGCUUGGGAGAAAUGCUGUUACCAUAACUAUUGAAAACGAAAACUUGGAUAUACUGCAGCUUCUUUUGGACUACGGUUGUCAGAACUGACUUUGAUAUAUCAAGUAACAUGGUAUUUGUGCAGAGUAAGUCAGUGGCAACUCCUUAUUUAUAUGACUUUUUUUUAUUCCGCAGAUGCACUUUUGGUGGCAAUCGACUCUGAAGUAGUGGGAGCUGUUGAUAUACUACUUAAUCAUCGACCAAAACGAUCAUCAAGACCAACUAUAGUAAAACUCAUGGAGCGAAUUCAGAAUCCUGAGUAUUCAACAACUAUGGAUGUUGCACCUGUCAUUUUAGCUGCUCAUCGUAACAACUAUGAAAUUCUUACAAUGUUGUUAAAACAGGAUGUAUCUCUACCUAAGCCCCAUGCGGUUGGCUGUGAAUGUACAUUGUGUUCUGCAAAAAACAAAAAGGACAGCCUCCGACAUUCCAGGUUUCGUCUUGAUAUAUAUCGCUGCUUGGCCAGUCCCGCUCUAAUAAUGUUAACAGAAGAGGAUCCAAUUCUGAGAGCAUUUGAACUUAGUGCUGAUUUAAAAGAACUAAGCCUUGUCGAGGUGGAAUUCAGGAAUGAUUACGAGGAACUAGCCCGGCAAUGUAAAAUGUUUGCUAAAGAUUUGCUUGCGCAAGCCCGAAAUUCACGUGAAUUGGAAGUUAUCUUAAACCAUACAUCUAGUGAUGAGCCUCUUGACAAACGGGGAUUGUUAGAAGAAAGAAUGAAUUUAAGUCGUCUAAAACUUGCUAUCAAAUAUAACCAAAAGGAGUUUGUCUCCCAAUCUAACUGUCAGCAGUUCCUGAACACUGUUUGGUUUGGACAAAUGUCAGGUUAUCGACGUAAGCCUACCUGUAAGAAGAUUAUGACUGUUUUGACAGUCGGCAUCUUUUGGCCAGUUUUGUCACUUUGUUAUUUGAUAGCUCCCAAAUCUCAGUUUGGCAGAAUUAUUCACACACCUUUUAUGAAAUUUAUUAUUCAUGGAGCAUCAUAUUUCACAUUCCUGCUAUUGCUGAACCUAUACUCUCUUGUCUACAAUGAAGAUAAGAAAAACACAAUGGGGCCAGCCCUUGAAAGAAUAGACUAUCUUCUUAUACUGUGGAUUAUUGGAAUGAUUUGGUCAGACAUUAAAAGACUCUGGUAUGAAGGGUUGGAAGACUUUUUAGAAGAAUCACGUAAUCAACUCAGUUUUGUCAUGAAUUCACUUUAUUUGGCAACCUUUGCUCUCAAAGUGGUUGCUCACAACAAGUUUCACGAUUUUGCUGAUCGGAAGGACUGGGAUGCAUUUCAUCCUACACUGGUGGCAGAAGGGCUUUUUGCAUUUGCAAAUGUUCUGAGUUAUCUUCGUCUCUUUUUUAUGUAUACAACAAGCUCUAUCUUGGGUCCAUUACAGAUUUCAAUGGGACAGAUGUUACAAGAUUUUGGAAAAUUUCUUGGAAUGUUUCUUCUUGUUUUGUUUUCUUUCACAAUUGGACUGACACAACUAUAUGAUAAAGGCUAUACUCCAAAAGAACAGAAGGACUGUGUAGGCAUCUUCUGUGAACAGCAAAGCAAUGAUACCUUCCAUUCGUUCAUUGGCACUUGCUUUGCUUUGUUUUGGUAUAUUUUCUCCCUAGCACAUGUGGCAAUCUUUGUCACAAGAUUUAGCUAUGGAGAAGAAUUACAGUCCUUUGUUGGAGCCGUUAUUGUUGGGACAUACAAUGUCGUGGUUGUGAUUGUACUUACCAAGCUGCUGGUGGCAAUGCUUCAUAAAAGUUUUCAGUUGAUAGCAAAUCAUGAAGACAAAGAAUGGAAGUUUGCUCGAGCAAAGUUAUGGCUUAGCUACUUUGAUGACAAAUGUACAUUGCCCCCACCUUUCAACAUCAUUCCUUCACCAAAGACUAUCUGCUAUAUGAUUAGUAGCCUUAGUAAAUGGAUUUGCUCUCAUACAUCCAAAGGCAAGGUUAAACGGCAGAACAGCUUGAAGGAAUGGAGAAAUUUGAAACAAAAGAGAGAUGAAAACUACCAAAAAGUGAUGUGCUGUUUAGUGCAUCGUUACUUGACUUCCAUGAGACAAAAGAUGCAAAGUACAGAUCAGGCAACUGUGGAAAAUCUAAAUGAACUGCGCCAAGACCUGUCAAAAUUCCGAAAUGAAAUAAGAGAUUUACUUGGCUUUCGGACUUCUAAAUAUGCUAUGUUUUACCCAAGAAAUUAGCCAUUUUCUAAAUCAUGUAGAGAAUAAUUUUCAAUAACAAAUCUGAGAGACUGCAUUUGCAUAACUUGCAAUUAAAUUAAUAAGAUAUAUAUUGAAAUAAAGAAUUAUGUAAAAGCCAUUCUUUAAAAUAUUUAUAGCAUAAAUAUGUAUAAUAUGUACAUAGAAUUAGUUUUUUAAAAACCCUCUGAUAGUGGCUUUUUGCAAGUGUAAAACAGAUUAAGUGGAUAGAUUAUGUUAGCAUGCUGCUUAGUUUUCUUAUUUAAAUAGUGCUUAAAAUUUUUUGCUCCUUAUGUUUAGGAACAGCAAUUAGAAGUGUACUAACUAUUGCCAGAAGGUUUUAUAAAAAUGAAGAUCAGCAAAUGUGGAGUGAUCUCCUUCCAUAGGAUACACUUGAGAUAUAGGAGUCAUAUUUUUUAAAAUCUUUGUUUUAGGAGUUUACAUAUAGUGUGGUAUUUAUUGUUUAGGAAUAUAAGUUUACCUAAAACAGUAAUCUAUUUUUUCUUUUGUUAUAAUCUUAAGCAACAAAUAUAAACCCCUAAUGAAUCUAUGAAUCUAUUUAUGUCUAUAAAUUUAAAUUCACUUAAACAUUUGUUAUUGUAAUAUAUUUACUUUGACAUGGUUGUAACCACUUUAUAUUUUUAAUUUUGCUUUUUUCACUUAAUAUUUUAUAUAUACAUUUCCAUGUACUGAUAGAGUCCAUGUAUUUAAAUUUUUAUAGAAUUAUAUAGUUUUUGAAAAAUAUAGUUCGUAGACUUUCAUUUUGUAGCUGUAGAGUAUUUGAUUAUAUUUAGUUUUACACAGCUACUUCUCUAAAGUUAGGUGUUUAUUGGCUUUUAAUUUUUCAUUAUCAUAAUAGUGAUUUUUUUUUCAAGUUGGGGUGAAUGGUCCUAGUUAUAAAGUUAAUGCAAAAUAAGGAUUUAGAAGAUACUUCUUUAUCAUGUAUGGUCACAACCUGUUUUGUUUUUGUAAACACUGGAAGGCCUUUUAAUGAAAGAGUUCAUUUUGUAUUUGGACUAAGAUUCUUGAGCUCAUCUCACCAAGUAUUUUUCACAAGAUAUAACAUAGCUUCUAUAAAAGUAGCUUCAUGCUUAUUUGUGGCUUAUUCUUGAUGCUUAGGAUGAAAAGCAUUGUCUUUUAAAAUUGGAGAAUAAAAUGUAAAAUACGGAUUUUGAUUUUUUUCUGUGUUCAUGUAAGGGAUAUAGUUAACAUUUUUUCAUAGGCUAUUGCUUAUAUAUUCUUGCAGCAUUUCUAGUUAAGAGGUUAUUAGGUAUGUAAUUAUAUUUUUAACUGAAUGUCAGAUGGUCUUAAGGCCACAGGGUGCAGGUAGCCCUUGGUUUGUAAGUACCACUGAUCCAGGGAUCAUUGUCAAAAAAUGUUAGUAUUGUGAUUCAUCUUGCUUUUUACUUUUUAAUUUCCAAAUUGUAAGUGUUCCCUUUUUUGGGCAAAUUCUUAUAAAAAUGUUUAUUGUAAAGUUAUAUAUUUUGUCUAUGAUGGGAUUAUGCACUUCCCAGUUGGGAUUUUACAUCAGGGUUUUUAGGCAUUCUAAAAAAUACCUAGUUAUUAAAUCAAAAUAUUUAUACUGUGCCUACUGUAUGCAUGAGUUACUUAUGAGGUAUAUUUUGAAUGAUAGCAUAUUGUAAGAAAAAGGUAAAUAAAACUUGACUUUAUAAAUUGACA